CAACAACAAAUGGGUGAUAAGAAACCACGUACGCAUAACACCACCAUGCUGCAUUUGCGUUCACAGAGGAGGUGUGCUUGGUGUGGAUGGAUGGAGCGGGGUUGUUUUUAAAGCCAGGCAAGGUAAAGAUUCCUGUUGUCGGUAAGGCGUGCUGAUAACGGCGGCUAUGUAUGUUUGUACAAGGGUUUUCGUGUGUUCUUCCGAACUUGUUACACAUUUGGUACCCAUGUAUUUUUUUACUACAUUCUGUGCCUCACAAAACCACUUGUCGAAUGUGUGACUCUUGUUGCAACCGAUGGCAAACUCAGCAUCAGACAGAGCUUAUGCAAAUAAUACAAACCAUCUCAUAAGACUGACUAAUCCAGAUUGCGAUUUAGAUCGAAUCAUCAAAUAAGAUAGGGUGUAAAUAGAUUUGGUUAUUGAUUAUCUGAUAAUAUAAUAAUAUUUAUAUGUAGAAUAAUCGAACCAACGAAUCUCAUAAUCCCUCGAUUUUUUUUAAAAAUUACAUGACUUGGUAAUUAUGGAAUUUACCUUGGACCUAUUGACCUUGGAUAAUUUGAUUUGCUCUUGUUAAUCUUCUGCAAUAACUAGUGGUCCUUUUACCCAGCAUUUUAGCAUUUGAUUGUGAUUGUACAAAAGCAAGUAACGUUUGAAGUUGUGAUGAGAGCUCAGAAUCGGACCUAUCCGAUUCCGAUUCCGUCUUCAGAAUCAAUUCCGGAGCCGAUUCCGGAGUCAACUCCAAAACCAGAAUUGAUUCCGGAAUCAGAAUCGGAUCUGUAAUCGGAAUCAACCAGGGAACCAUAUAAUAUGCUACGGAAACGGAAUCAGAAUUGCCUCCAGAAUUGGAAUAGCUACGAAAUGAGAAUUCGUUCUUGAAUUGAAAUCGGAAGUUUGAGAAGCGAAAUAAGUCCGGGAAUCUCCAUAAGAAUGGAUCGUUUUCCAUUAAAUUUGAAGUCUUUGCUUUGGACCCAAACGCCUAUUCUUAUGAAGAUGCCGAAACCGAAUACGAUGUUGAAGCCGAUUCAAAUUUCCGAGCCAAUUCCGAUUCUGGAGCCGAUUUCGAUUCCGGAACUGAUUUCGAUUCCGGAACAGAUUCUGAUUCCGGAACCGAUUUCGGUUGUCAAUUCUGAAGCUGAUUCCGAUUCCAGAGUCAAUUCCGGAAUCAAUUCCGACGAAAACUUCAUUUUUCCUAUCACUUAUUUGAAGCGGAGAUUUCAUCGGUUGUGAGUUACAACUAGUGACAAAAUUAGUGAAACGCGUUAUCGAAUGUUUUCAACAAACCAUACAACACAUUAUUUGUGUUUGCAUACCUCCUCUUAUAUUUCCUCUAUUUUUUUCUUCUUCCCUUUUCAUACAGAUGGCUCUCAACAUUGCUGUGCCGAUGUCGGGCGUAGGUGACCUCCUGGAAGGAUUCGGACUGCUUUCGCCGAUUUCUCCCGUGAGCAUCGACUUUCGCAGCAGCAUCAAGAACCCGCUGUCACCAGUUGGUAGCGAAUCCAGCGGCGUAAGUUCGUUGGAUUUGGAAGAUAUCAAGAAACAAAUGCCUUCAUCGCCCACGUUACUCGACGACAACGAGGAAGAAGGAUCUUCAUCGUCCGGCCGUCCGGAAAAGUCCUCUUCCAACUCGUCGUCCCUGUCCGCCGGCUCGACCAUAUCGACGACCUCUUCCAGAACCUGUUCCACCUCUUCCUCUUCCUCCUCUUCAUCGUCGUCGUCUACGGCUUCCGAUGACGAAACGAACCAAUUGGACGAAAAAUUACCCGAAAAUGCAAAUGAGAACGACGGCUGCGGUGGCGACGAUGCUGGUGCCGCGAUACUGUCUGCCUCUGCAACAGCUUCACCAGGAGCAGCGGGUGGAAAAGAAUCGGACGAGCCGCCUACUUCUGCCUCCAUCGAUGACGCGGACGCAUUGCUAGCAAAGUCGUCCGAGCUGCUGAGCCUAACGAAGGAGGAGCCCCUCGACCAGCUGCUGUUCCUGUCCCCGAAGCCGACGAAGGAGCCCAUCUACAGCUUGCCGCGCCAGUCCAUCUACUACAACAACCGCGACAUUCUCGAUCUUGGGAGCAAUCUGCGGGCGCAGGGCGGUGGUGGUGGCGGUGGGCUAUCCGGUGAAUUCGCAUUCCAGUAUGCCGUACUGCCGGAUACGAACAACAUUCAGUUCUUUCUGCAAAAUCGCUCCCAGUACCAUCGGCUCGGCCCGAACGGCCACGUGCAGGAGUUCCGCAUGGCCACGUGCGCGUGCUGCGACUUCAAGUAUCCGGUCAACACGGUCGGAGCGAACGCCACGGCCGCUCCGGUGAACCAGAGCUGUGCCACCCUGAACCUGUCCAAUCUGAACGCCAACCAGAUCUACGGCAAUCUGCAGCAGCAGCAGCAGCAGCAACAGCAGCAGCAAAUACAGCUGCAACAACAGCAGCGGCUGCGAUGCAUGCAGUAUCAACAGCAGCAAUACAACUACCGUGCCAGUGCCGGCGUUGGUAACAGUAACAACAGUAUGGGUCGCGAUUACAACAUGUACCAGUCUGGCAAUGGUGGUGCUGCUGCUGCAGCAGGAGGUGUAGUUCCGUCAUCUUCACGCUUCAACAAUGGCAUCUACGGAUCGGGAGCAGUGGCCGGUGCAUCCUCGCCGAAUGCACAGGGAGGAGGCGGCAUGGCGGCUGGCGGUAGCUCUGCCGGCAACGGCGGCUUCUACAACAACAACGCUUUGAUGGGUCGCGAUCAGUUCAAUCCAAUGGUCUCCAUGACGAUGCAGUACAACAACCACAACAACAGCGGUGCUAAUCCCAAAGGAAUCUCGCAAUCGAACGGUGGCGCAUCUUCGCUAUCGUCUGCCGCUGCACUGCGCCAACAGCAGCAGUACGAGUUGUCCCAGCAGCAAAAGCAGCAGUACGUGAACAACUAUUCGCUGGGUGCAGGCGCUAACGCUGCCAACAAUACUGCUUCCAGUGCCGCCGUCCGCCUCCAACAGCAGCAGCAGCAGUCGCAACAGUCGAGCCAUUACUACAAGAAAAAUCAAUCCAUGCGCUAUGGAGGACCAACGGGCCUGAACGCAAACAUGAUGUCCAGUGGACCGGCCGGUUCCUCCAAUUGGAAAAACUCGAUGACCAAUAACGCAAUCCAGGAUACUGCUGCGAAGCUGUUUAUGGAACUGAACAAAAUGCAACAACAGCAGCAGCAGCAGCAACAGUCCCCCUACUACGUACCUUUCCUGUAAAGAGAUUGUCUCUGUGUAAAGCAAACGCGCGCAGGCAAGCAAAAGACAACACAAAAAACGACACAGUUUUAAAGUGUGUUUGUGGAAACGAUGAGAAUAAGAACUCAAACGAAACUCACACAAAAACACGCUGAUAAAAAUUAGCCUCAAACAAUAAUGGACCAACAAAGCAAAAGAAAAACGCAAACGAAAAAUGCAUUGGAAAAUGUGCGAAAAGAAAAGACCAAGACACACGCGGCAGCAGCAACAUCAUGAUUAUCGUCAUCAUCAUCUCGCCAUCGUUACCAAAGUUGCCAAAGCAAACAAACCCGAUUGUUUUUUUUUACUAACCUUCUUUAUCUAGUUGUAAUCACACUUCCAUCUGUCACACACGAAGAUGAUCAGUAUCUAUUGUCUUGCGUAAUUAUAAAGGAAUAAUUUAAUACGAUGGAACACAAACACACACAGAGAGAUUUAUGUGAAGCCAGCUCAAAUUUCCAAUGCUCUCCCUGCAAAGCAACAUAUGCAUAUGCUGAUGGAAAAAAAAACAAACACGUUGUUAUUACAUGUCCAUCGAAGCGCCUUCCUGUUAACAAACAAAUGGUGGGUAACUGUAUUACAAAUUACGUUUUCCAGCGAAAUACGUAACACGAACAAUGACAUUCUAUACAACACCUUUACUAUUAAAAGUAAAUUUUUACUGCUACUCUAAA